ACUCGACAGAGUGUACUCCGCCCUCUGUCGCAGUACUGUCUGCGCCUCCGCAGACCACCGUCUCCCCUCCUUCCCCGCCGCGACUACCGACGCAUCGAGCCAUUCGCUCAGCCCGUUGCAGCGAGCAGCUUACUACUCGCAAGGACGUUGUGUCCUCUCUGCUGGACUUGAGCAUGCUCCAGGCUCGUCGGGAGCGACUCACCCUCCAUGUCGCUGCAUUGCGUCGCCUUCUCGCCAUCCUCUCUGACCCUGAUCGCACCCUCCCGAUCAUCCCCGUACGACUCGGGACCUCCACGAGGGUGUACUCAGCGCUGUGGGAUUCCGGUUCYCAGGGCGACUUCAUUCACCCACGCGUGGUGAAGGAAGCCCGCUUACCCACGACWGGGUCUCCGACUCCCAUCUCCGUUACCCUAGGGGAUGACAAGACCCAGCGCUUCUUCGAUCAGACGGUCACCGACCUCCCCUUCUUCCUCACUCUCGAACCGACUGAGCGUUUCCCGACGUCUCGUCGCCACCGCUCCUCUGGACAUUUCGAUGUGAUGGAGACGGGGUACGACUUCAUUCUCGGCACUCCGUGGUCUCGUCGGUUCCGCAGCACCGAGGCCGAUUGGGCAACCAACACUCUCGUUCUCAAAACGAAGUGUGGACAGACGUAUCGCGUACCUUUCAUAGGUACCACGACGAUACCACGCCCCGAUCCUUCUCCCCCGGAGCCUUCAGUGCCCACACCAUCUCCCUCUAUCACUGUUACCUCGCCUCGGCAGUUCGCUCACUUCAUUCCACAGGACGACGUCACCUUCUUUAUGGUGGAUGUGACAGAUCUCUUACACUAUGAUCCACCCUGUCCCGACGCCGAGCUCAUCCCUCUGGACCCAGAUCCCCCCUCUAUCUCCAUGGCUCCCAUCUCUACUUCCGUCCCUCCGCCGUCCGUCGAGUCCACCCCGCCGUCGCGCGCUGACGCUGACGCUGAGGAACUCGCACGAUAUACGGCUGACUUGGAGCCCGCAGUUCGUGACCUCAUCCGAGAGUACCACGACGUUUUCCCAUCGUCGUUCUCGUACGCUGGCAUCCCACCGAUGCGUGACAUCGAGCACUCCAUUUAGCUCGUGCCUGAAUAUCGUGUUCACCACCAGGCACCCUACAGACUCUCGAUCCCCGAGGCCACCAAACUCAAGCGUCAGCUUGAGGAGCUCCUGAGACUGGGUUUCAUUAAACCCAGCAACUCCCCGUGGGGUGCACCCGUCCUCUUUGCUUGCAAAGCGGAUGGAACUCUUCGUCUGUGCAUCGACUACCGCGGCCUUAACCGCUACACGGUUAAGAACAGCGACCCCAUGCCUCGUUCCGAUGAGCUGUUCGACCGCCUAGCAGGCAACCACUUCUUUACGAAGAUUGAUCUUCGUAGCGGUUACCAUCAG